AUGUCGUCAGAGAAACCUUCUCGCACCCUCAAGGUGACUGCUACAUCUACACCUGCACCUCCCGGCGACCAUAGGAAACGUCGGCGCAAUAGAACCACACAAUCCUGCUUGAAUUGUCAUGCGUCGAAGCGUAUGUGCGAUCGGAAGCGACCAGCUUGUCAACGCUGCACAACGCUGGGUUUGACUGGACUUUGUGUAUAUGAAGUCGAUGAUCCCAAUCAAACAAACAUGCAUGGUGAUGAGAGAGCACUUCUUCGCAAUCGUAUCGCGGAGCUUGAAGGCGUAAUUAGAGAAAUGAAGAACAAACCUCACCCCCGUUGGGCGCAGAAGCCAUCUGACGGCCAAAGCACAAGUCCUCGUCCAAGUGAUGAUGACCUUACCAUUCCUUUGAUCACCGCCGACCCACGUUCCAAUGAGCAAUGCGGGGACAUUUCAAUAUCUGAUAAUAUCAAUUCGAUGCCCGUGGGCACGCCUCAUCUGAGCGCACCUAGCAUACACCUUACUCCUAUCUCUACUUCACCCGGCACAUCACCGGCUUGCGAAGGACCACUAACUCCACAAGACCCGCACUUCCUUAGCACCUUCAACCUGCCGUCUCCACCCAGCUCAUCAUCAGCGCCUAGUCCAACCCACAGCCAUAGAUCUCUUCCCCGUAUUAUAAUAAAUGAGCCACGACCAGUAAUAGGCUCGGAAUUCAACGUCGACGGCCUUCUUGCGAGUGCGUCCCUAGAAUCCACAGGCUUUGCAGACGGGGUUUACGGGCACAUGCUGGACCACAUCAUGCAAGUGGAUCAGGCUAGGGCCGCUGAAGCGUGCCAUUGUGAUCCCUCUACAGGCCAAGAUAGGAGUAACUGUGGAUGCAUCGGUAACACAAUGGUGUACAAUAACCUGCUCGAGCUAUCCGUGAGGCUAAGAAAGGCCGUCGAGUCCCUCGGAAGGGUCGCCAAUCAUCAGUCAAGGGCCAAUGACUCUGUAUGCCAAUUGUUCACAAAGAUCUGUGAACUCGACAAACUUACGUCUUCCACGCUAGGAAAUGCAACGUCUCCUGCUGACCGUCAUCCGGCAGCCGACGCGUACUUCCCCGCACUUCCGGCGGAGUUCAUACCUUCCACCAUUUCACCAAAUUGUCUAAACAACAUCCACCAAUGGGAGUCUAAUGUCAUCAGACCCUCGUUAUCAACGGGGUCUGAUGAUGAUGCAUUCAUGUCGUGGGACGGCGUCUCACGAGAGAGCUGGGCUCACGCUCCGAGACCCUGA